AUGUCGUGUGAUGUACGUGGGGUUCUUUGUGAAUGGAAUGUUCUUACAUUGACUAAAAAUUGGGAAGAUACAGAUCCACUUUCUUAUCACGAAUUAGCUGUUAACCCCGUGGAUGGCAGUAUUUUAGUCAGUGGUUCUGAUAAUACCAUAAAAUGUUUCAAGGAUGCUGAUCUAUUAUGGAAAGUGCAAAAGAAGAUGGAACCAAUAUCGAUAGCCGUGUCUUCCGAUGGUACUGUUCUUUACGUCGGUACAGCAAAUGGAACUCUUGCGAUAAUAUCAUGUUCUGAAUCGGAAAACGCACAAGCAUCUGGGAUCAGUGUCCAUAAUGGAAAAGUAUCAGCCGUAAGAUUGAGUUCCGACUACAAGUUUUUAUUCUCAGUUGGGUCUGAAGGGAUUAUUUUUUGUUGGAAAACAGGCGAAGAAGUUGAUGAACCACCAGGUGCAUUUAAGAAUGUAUUUAUGGUGAGUCAGAACAGUUUACAAAGACAAGAUGCGAUAGUUCGAGAGCUGCGAAUGUCCCUGCAGCACCUAAAAACAGUUUCAGAAUACGAGUCGCAGAUGUCUGGUAUUAAACACGAUUAUUAUCUGAAAAAACUAUCUCAAGAGCAUGAUGCUGUUGUAGAUGCGUUGAAUGAUAAAAUAACUGCAAUAAAGGAAGAAAUGCAAAUCCUUACUUUUGACUCGGAGCCACCCCAGGAUGUGCAGGACUUAGAAACGGCUAAGAGAAGAGAAAUGGUACAGUGCACUGUGAAGUUGAAUGAAUCCUAUGAUCAAUCAAGAAGAUAUGAAGAGGAGACUGAAACCAUGAUUACCAACUAUGAAAGCAUGCUUCGAAGUUUGGAGGAAGAACGAGCAAAGAUUUCUACUGAUGAUAUUGAUAAUAAAACAGAGAUCAUGGCAAAAAUAAAAGCUCUCGAAGACUCGAUAAUGAUUGAGAAAAACCGCAAUCGUGAAAUUGAGAAAGCUGGCGAAGUUUACAAAAGUAGCAUUCAAAGUGGUAUUCAUGGUGAAUCUUACGACUGGACAGAUUCCCAAAAAGAGUUGUUGGAAAAAGAAAGGCUUAAAGUAAUAAAAUUGGAAGAAGAAGUUCGAAAAGUUAAAUUAAAAGUAUCUUUUCAAAAAGAACUAACUGAGAAAAAACGUCAAAUCCUUUCUGGUGGUCUCGAUUAUGACAUAAAUGAGAUGAAACAAGGCAUUACUGUUUUAAUAAAGGAUGUUCAAAACCUAGGAGAUGUUCUUGAAACUAAGAAAAAGGUAGCCCAGACUCAAGAAGCAAAAUUCUUCAACGCAAGAAAUGUAGUGAAGGAAGUUCAACAAUGUCAUUCUGUAGCAAACACUAAAGUUGAAGAAUUGCAAAAAAUAAUGCGAAGCAAAGAACAAGAGUUAGACACAUGCGUGAAAGCAAUUAAGGAGAUUAAUCUCUCUAUCCCGGUAAUUGAAGAAGAAAUUCGAACAGAGAAGGACUUGUGUGCCAUUGUGACAGAAAAGUUAUCUGAGGCUAUGAUUGGAUUCCGCAAAAAGCAAAAGCAUCUCCGCGAUUGUGAAGAUGUCAUCAAGAAGUAUAUGAGCUUAUUGCCCCUGUGCACCAACGAGGAGUGCGAUCCGGUGCAACUGAGAAAAGACAUAGCGAAAGUGUUCGAGCAAAGCAAAAUCGGAAGUGCCGUCGACGAACAUCUCGAUCCUUCCCUGGAAAACGAAUUCGAACACCAGCUCCACAAGUUGCAGAGUUGCUACGAAGAGAUCAAAAGCGAGCCAAGGAAAGCCAUGAUCGAAUCUGCAACGGCCGAGUUCAGGCUGUCUCAAGAAAACUCCAAGUUGCUGCAUGAAGUUCACGAUGUGCAGAAGGAAGUCGAGAAGUGGGCGGGAAUCCUCUCGGAGAUGAAGAUGCUCGGCUUGUCUGCCAAACAGCAAGCCAGGGCUAGCAAGCAGAUGGAAGAAUUGAGGCACAAAAUCGAGUUUGUGAUAGAAGGGACCAAGCGGGAUGGAAGGUUGAGGGAAAUUGCCAAGUUGGAUGAGUUGAUCAAAGAACAGCAAAAGGAAAUUCAAAGAUUCCAAACUAUGUUAGUUGCUAAAGAAAAAGCAGCUGCUGGGAAAGCGGGGAAGAAACUUAAAGAGUUGAUGAGAGAUAUGUGA